AUGGCAUCGGGGAGCUCUGAGAUUUUCAACCAUGCGGACAGCGUUCCAGCUGUGCAAGCUUCGACUCACGGCGAAAAAAGCGAGCAACUGGCCGCUGCAUUGGAGGAAAAAGAGCCGUCACCAAGAAGUGUUCAUGGUAUUCGCUGGGGAUUGGCUGUUUCUGCCAUUCUAUCAUCGACGUUUCUAUUUGCCCUAGACAACACAGUAGUUGCCGACGUCCAACCUGCGAUCUUGAAUACAUUUGGCAAAAUCGAGGAUCUUCCCUGGCUUGGUGUAGCCUUCGCGCUUGGUGGUAUCGCAAUUUUACCCUGGGGCAAAGCGUAUACCGUAUUCAAUAUCAAGUGGUUAUAUAUCACGACUAUAGUUUUGUUUGAAGCAGGCAGCGCGCUAUGCGGAGGCGCGCCGAAUAUGAAUGCUUUGAUUGUUGGAAGAGCGAUUGCGGGCCUUGGGGGAUCUGGUAUGUAUUCCGGGUGCUUGACAUACUUGUCUGUCACAACUAGUACUCGUGAACGACCGUUAUAUAUGGCCCUCGUUCUUCUUGCCUGGGGCCUGGGUACAGUUCUUGGACCUGUUAUUGGUGGUGCCUUCGCUGACAGCAGUGCAACAUGGCGAUGGUCUUUUUACAUAAAUCUAGUCAUCGGCGCCGUUUUCUCACCCAUCUAUUUUUUGAUGUUACCACAAAUCGACUUUGGGGGAAAUUUGUCACUCGCCCAAAAGCUAGCCAAGAUGGAUUGGGUUGGCAUGGUGGUUUUCUUUGCCGGCGCUACAUGUUUGACUAUGGCCAUUAGCUUUGGCGGCACUACCUAUGCCUGGGACUCGGGCUCUGAAAUUGCCUUCUGGGUGGUUUCUGGAGUGUUGUUAAUUGUGAUGAUAUUGAUAACGGUACGACCCAUCUUAGUGUCGAAGACAGAUCGCCUAUACCCUGGUCACUUUGUUCGCAAACCCGAACUUGUCAACCUGCAAUUGCAACUCUUCCUCGUUACAGGCGUGAUGAUGGGGACUGCAUAUUACAUACCAUUAUACUUUCAAUUUGCUCGCGAAGAUUCAGCGCUGAGAGCCGCCGUUCGUCUCCUGCCAUUUAUCGCAAUGGCAGUCAGCUUUUGUGUCAUUAGUGGAGCACUAAUGCCAAAAUUUGGCUACUAUAUGCCUUGGUACACAUGGGGCAGUGCCCUGGUGGUGAUUGGAUCUGCACUCAUGUAUACAGUGGAUGCAAACACGUCGCCGUCGCAUGUGUAUGGAUACACCGUUCUUCUCGGCAUUGGGGCUGGAUCUUAUCUACAGGCAGGUUAUGCCAUUGUUCAGAUGUUGGUUCCACAAGAGGAAGUCGGCAAUGCCGUUGGAUUCAUGAGCGUUUCUCAGGAUCUGGGCAUCGUCUUUAUCCUCGCUUUAGCCGGCACAGUAUACCAAAAUCUAGCGUUGAAAAGACUCACGCCUCUUCUUGCCGGUCGCCCCGCUUCAGACGUGAUGCAGGUGAUUGCUGGUACCAGUAAUUCUGUCUUCAAGUCGCUCGAUCCAGACCUCCAAAGAAAAGUUGUAGGCGAAAUCACCCGAUCUCUGAGUGCGGUUUGGGCAGUUUUGAUAGGCGUGGGAGCCUUGUGUUUUAUUCUCUCCCUUUUCUUGAAAAGACAAAGAGCCUGGCCUUAG